UCCCGACUCUCCUUGCUGAGAAAUAGGAAACUUUUUUGAGCCUUGACUGUCUCUGCUGCAUUAUCUUAUUUACACUUGACGUCCCUUCCUUAACUUGGUCUUCCCUUUCCCUUCUCCCGCUUGAAACCUUCACCAGUCGAGUCGUCUGCACCAAGCCACACCGAGGCCGACAGUAGGCAUCAUCAUUCUUACCCGCUCCCCCUCAUUCACUGACGCCAGCCUUCGUCGUCUCCCAUCCCCGCUGGACCCUGACCUGGACAGGUACCGAUUGGGCACCCAAAGUACAGCUUGGCCCGCAUAUAACAGCGGCCGCACACCACGCAAGACAGGCAGCAUCGACCUCACAGCGCACCGCAGCGCAUCGCAUCACAGCGGAGGUUAUCCCAUCGGAGUUUACCAAAUUCCGACUGCGCAAUCGACAGGGAGACUUCUCUUACGAAAACGAAUGAGAGCUGCCGCUGUACGGUACAGGUACAGGUACAGGUACAGUGCAGCGCAGUGAGGUGCGGUUGGAUACUCAUACCUGCGAAAGAGGCGCCCUGGGCACAUCCCAAAAAAGUCCGGAGACGGCGGUGCAACUUUGGCCCAUCCCACCCCUGAAAUUCGAGUCCUGAAUCUGCUCGACCACCCUGUCUGCCGCCUGAGCUGUUCUCGGCAUUUUGUGUCUUUCCAUCUCCUGUACUUUCUUUCUUCAUCGUCCCUUUCCUUGACUCGACACUGGUGAUGUCGCAUCUUCAAUCGCCCAUGAUGGAUCACAACGGUUAUCAGAUGCCCCAGCAGAUGGCAGCGCCACCAAUGAUGAACCCACCACCACAGAUGUACAGCGGAUACCAGGAUGGAAUCCCGACGAACUUGAACAUGGCGGAUAUGUCGCAACCAUACCUCGGCGACGGAGGGUUGAUGGACGAGAGUAUUGAGGCGAAGAGGAGGAGGAUAGCCAGGGUAGGGACACUUGCGACACGCCGUCCGGAAGGCUGUGGAAUGAAGCGCUGACGUAUAUAGGCCUGUGACAUGUGUAGGAAAAAGAAGAUCAAGUGCGAUGGAAAGAUGCCGGCUUGUACUCAUUGCAUCAAUUACAAGACGGAAUGUGUUUUCACACAGGUGGAAAAGAAGAGGAACCCUCCCAAAGGUGCGAAGUAUAUCGAAGGACUUGAGAAUAGAUUGGGACGAAUGGAAAGUUUAUUAAGAUUAUCUGGGCUUCUCACCGAAGAUGACAAUGGACGAACGGACUUGGGGACGCUCGAGAAACGACUUGCAGACAAAAGGGAAUCACAAAGAGCAUCUGCUGCACCAGGAUCGCAUCCAACUUCGCCGUCGCAAGCUUCACAGAAUGAAGGAAGUGGAUCUACUCCUCGGAGUACGGUUGCAUCCCCAGAACAGUCAGCGACAAAUGGAGACAAGGAGAAGCGUAAGAGUGGCAGUUCCGAAAAGUCAGAGGAGGAGGUUGAAGCUCUGUCGGAUAUGAUGUGUUCGCUUGUCACAAAUAACUGUGGUGAAACGAGAUAUAUUGGAUCUUCAUCUGGAUUCUCCAUCUUUUCACCCAAGGGUAUUUCAUGGGUCAACGAAAAGACUGGAGAUUCGUCUUUCCAGCAGAUGAUCUCAUCAGCAUCGGUGGACGAGAACAAGUGGAUGUAUUGGAAACCAGAAGUUUUCGGAGACCUGUUUGAGCGACGCAUCUUCAGACGACUACCACCGAAGAACGAAUGCUUGUCUCUUCUGAAGGAUUUCUUUGAGAACUUCAACUGCAUGUUUCCGCUUUUCCACCAGCCUACUUUUAUGCAUCUGGUCGACCGGCAAUACAGUCAAGACCCAUACGAAGGAUCAGGAUGGUGGGCAAGUUUGAAUGUUGCGCUUGCGCUUGCUCACAGACUCCGGGUAAUGAGUAACUUGGUACCAAAGGCCGAGGACGAGAAGGCUUGGGGUUACCUGAAAAAUGCUAUUGCAGUGGUCACCGAGCUUACUAUGCGUAAUACGGAUCUGCUCAGUGUCCAAGCAUUGUUGGGAAUGGCACUGUUCUUGCAAGGAACACCAAAUCCUCAGCCAUCUUUCUUCCUGGUCGCAGCCGCCAUUCGAUCUUCUCACAGUAUCGGACUGCAUAAGCGUGGUUCUGGAUUUAAUCUGAAUCCUAUCGAAAUUGAACAGCGGAAACGAGUCUUCUGGAUUGGUUACAUGUUGGACAAGGAUAUCUGCUUGAGAUCUGGACGACCGCCGGCGCAGGAUGACGACGACAUGAAUGUUGAACUACCGAGCGCGGACCCAGAGGACAACAUUGGAAACAUUCCUUUAGCAGACGGAAAGGGAAAGGUCAACCUGUUCCGCUUGAUGUGCGAGUUUGCAACUAUCGAAAGCAAAGUCUACAAGCAACUGUACUCUACGAAAGCAUCGAAACAAUCGGAUGGCGAGCUUCUCAAUACCAUUGGAGAGUUGGACCAUAUCCUGGAGGAGUGGAAAGACAGUAUCCCUGUGGACUUCCGACCAGAACAUGAGAUCAAGGCGUCGCAUACUCCUUUAAUCUUACACGUAGUUGUUCUCCACUUCGCUUACUACAACUGUUUGACUACGAUCCACCGCAUGUCGGUUCAUCAUGGAUACUGGACGAGCCGCUUGUCAAACUAUGCUAUUCAAGGACUCAAUGCGAGACCCCUGAAUCCACGAGUCUUUUCAUCCGCCGCACUCUGUGUGUCUGCUGCCCGAGCUUCUAUUCACCUGAUCAAAUAUGUGCCGCAAGGAGACUUUUCAUGUGUCUGGUUGAUUCUUUAUUUCCCUGUUUCUGCUCUUGUAACAUUAUUCGGAAAUAUCCUCCAAAAUCCUCAAGAUCCCCGAGCUCGCUCCGAUGUUCGCUUGAUGAACCUGGUAGUCAGCUUUUUGGCUAUGCUUGGCACCGAAGAAGAGAAUGGUGGUGUUAAGCGCAUGCUGGGAGUCUGUUCAGAAUUUGAGAGAAUUGCGAAGGUUGUUCUCGAUAAGGCUGAAAAGGAUAGCUCUUCAAGAAGAAAGCGGAAGAACAACGAGGAGCAGACUGGAAAGUCCAGAGCCGCUCCAGUAUCGAGUGCGCAGCAGGGAGCGCCACCAUCACAGACUCCAAUGGCACCAAAUGCCCAAAUACCAGCUGUAUCCGGAGUCUUCUCACCAGGCAUGGUUCUCAGAGACGGCUUUAGUCCUGUACCGAACAAUGGCUCCCCGAACUCGAAUUGGCAACCCGACUACAACAGUGGCGACUACGCAACACCUAGGCAAGGCAUGACACCAUUUGCGGAAAUCCAAGGCUACACCAAUGGCAACGAAAUGAACUCUCCCCUCAACAUCAACAACUUCCAACAACCUUUCGUACCACAAGAUCUAUGGCAGAUGCCAAUGACUUUAGAAUGGGACUGGGCAGACAUGACUGGUGGUGCGUAUCCUAGUUUCGAGAAUGGUAUUGUAGGCGACAUGUCGAUGCAAAAUAACAAUAAUCAACAUCUGCAACAUCAGAUGUGAUGAGUAGAGCCUGGGGUAGGUAUGGCUGUAUUGUACACGGAUCAGGACAUCGUACGGGUGCUCAAGACAGGAGAGGUGAUUGGUGAACCAAAGAUGGGCCUGAGCAUCUUCCAACCAGAGAAAUGGAGUCGAAAAUGGAAGGGAGGAGAUUGGUUGUUCCGGAGCCGAUAAAUCUGGAGCCGGGACGAAGGCGUUCACGUUAUUCAUGAGAUGAUGAUAUACGUAUCGGAGUGGGUUAGUGUGUCUUUCUUGCGGAUUUUCGGACUAUGCAUUUGGAGCAAGCUGGCUGGGCUGUGCUGAACGAAGGCACUUCAUCUCUACUUACUCAUGGGAUUAUAGGACUUUGAUAACUUUGUGUUGCAUUUCGGGCUGAGCGAGGUAAACGAGACAGGACAGGAGUAUCAAAUGGAGAGAAGUGAACAGGAAUGGGGAUGGGGAGAUUCUGUAUUGUAUUAAUCCUGUAAUUUCCAUAAUGGAUUGUUGAGUUGAAUUAAAAAUGCAGCAUAGCUCUUUGCAUGGUAGUCAGUGGUCUGAUUUUCGCUCACUCGAAGCAACAAGAUACACGGAACGCUCUGGAGGUGGACUUGAUAAUCAUAGAAGUGUGAAAAAUAGCGGGCCCAACAGAAGGAUUUUGAUAGCCAGUCCACUUGGAUUUUGGUAGCAGUCUUUUGUGAUUAAUGGGUUCUUCAAAAGGACGAUGAUCUAUUAUCCACCGACA